GCCCCGUUCAACGACGUAAGGAAAAAACGAUUUAGAGCCUAAAUGCCAAGAUGGCUAGGCAGUAGCAAAGACCACGCCGCAGGCUUACGCGCCCAUGUUGUUGUUUGACGAAAAAUUUGUUAUCCUGUCACGAGCUGACAGGCGAUGUUUCGAGAAAAUACCCUGAUCAAAGGUUGACGUUAACUUUGCCCCAUGCGCAAGGAUGUCUCAUACGAAACGCGUACCGUCGGCCAGGUGGUUGCUUGGACUGCAAACGAACGGUGGCUAACACUACCAGAAUGCUCUUUCUUCCUUUCGUACCAGUUAUCAUGUCCGUAACUGUUCACCUCCUGAAUAACCCACCACUAACUGCUCUUACCGUCGAAAGUAAGCAGAUGCGGAUUGCUGACUUCACUACAAUGACGCUCUCGAUAAUCCGCGGUUACGUUAGCUGCCACAUACCUUGCAGAUUGAUGUUUGGGAGUUUUGGCCAGUGCCGGUACAUAAGUAGCACAAUAAAUAACCCUGAUACAAUAUCCAUACCAGCCUGCAACUCCCUCACUGAUCAUUGGUCGGAUAUGGAGGCGGAAAUGGAUCAACUGAAAGUGUCUAGAGAACUAAGACUUGACCAUUAUCUUCAACCAGUGCUGCCCGGAUUCAGGCUGGGAGACUGCAUCGUUCACCUUUCUGCACGAGAACGCGAAGACACCUGAAGGUCGCUUAAGCUGGAGCCUGUAACUGCAUAAAGUCGUGCCAUCCAAUCAAGUAAGUCGCCGGAGUAGGCGUCAAGUCCAUCGGAUGAGAAUG